UUGUUCUGUUUCCAUAACACUUUCCAAAUUUUCCAACAUGUCGUUAAAGGUCGUCGUCGUUCUUGUUGCCUUUGUCGGAGUGAUCGCUGCUCAGCAUUAUUACCAAGCUCAACAUCAUGAGGAAGAGCAUCACGGUCCAGUUCACUACGAGUUCAACUAUGACAUCCAUGACGAUCACACCGGAGAUGUUCAUGGACGCAAGGAAGCUCGCAAAGAUGAUCAUACUCAGGGAGAGUACUAUCUGAUCGAUGCCGAUGGCCACAAGCGUACCGUGACUUAUCAGGUCGAUGGCAAGAGUGGAUUCAUCGCCCAGGUUCACCGCGAGCCAAUCAAGGGAUAUCAGAUUCCUCAGCAGGUGCACAAAAUUGUAUCUCCAGUCCACAAAGUUCUUGCAGUUCCAGUGCACCAUGAUUACCAUUAUUAG